AUGUCAGAUGACGAGCACUUUUCAUCUGGCGCAGGGGCUGCUGAUGACGAACUGUCGCUGCCCAAAGCUACCGUGCAAAAACUGAUCAGCGAGAUGCUACCGAAAGACGUGAGCUGCUCGAAAGACACGCGCGACCUACUGAUCGAAUGCUGCGUCGAGUUUAUCCACCUGCUCUCGUCCGAAUCCAACGAGGUAUGCGAGAAGGACUCGAAAAAGACGAUCGCGCCCGAACACGUACUCAAGGCGCUCGACGAUCUCGGCUUUCCGGCAUUCAUCCAAGAGGCGAAAAGCGUACUUUCGGAACACAAGGCGGCGCAGAAGGAUCGAGAGCGCAAAACAAGCCGAAUGGAACAGAGCGGGUUGAGCGAGGAGGAGUUGCAAAAGCAGCAAGAACUCCUGUUUGCCGCCAGCAAGGCUAGGUUUGAAGCUUCAAAUUAA